AUGAGGAAGACAUCCACAAAGUCAGCAGAGAGAACACUGGGAUCUACUGUAGCUGUAGACCAAACUGUAGUGUCUUCUGGACCUUCUGCAACAACUGGGCCUUCAUCAUCUCAAGGACUACAAACACAUACAGAAACUGUCACAGGAACAGAUACGACUGGUUUGUCAACUAGCAUUACAGACAAAACUGCUCAAUCCAUUAAAUCCUCACCAACUACUGGACCAUCGUCUAGAGCACCAGAAACAACUAAAGUAUCCAUAACAGGCACACAGUCAACUGGCACACUAACUGUAAAAACUGUAACAAAUCUAACAUCAGUUGGAGAAGCAACAAUAACUACUGCAAAAACUCACGUAGCAGUAACGUCUGGGGAAACGCCUGGUACCACAUCAGCAAAUAGUCCAUCAGUUUCAGUGUCAGGACGUACAAUGUCAAAUAGUGAAGUGUCUGUGACAUCAGGCAAGACAACUAGGGUGACUGUAACAUCUGUCCAAUCACCUGAAGUGAGGGAGACAUCCACAAAUUCAGCAGAGAGCACACUGGUUUCUACUGUAGCUUUAGAUCAAUCUGUAAUAUCUUCUGGCCCUACUACAACAACUGGGCCUUCACCAUCUCAAGAACUACAAACAAGUAGAGAAACUGUCACAGGAACAGGAACAACUGGUAUGUCCACUCGCAUUACAGAGCAAACUGCACAAGCCAUUGAAUCCUCACCAACUACUGGAGCAGCAUCUAAAGCACCAGAAACAACUAAAGUAUCCUACACUGACACACUGUCCACUGGCCCAUCAACUGAAGGAUUAGUGACUAAAGCAACAUCGAUUGGAGAAACAACCAUAACUACAGCAAGACAUGGAGAGGCUGUGACAUCUGGACAAACACCUGGUACCACAUCAGCAAAUAGUCCAUCAGUUUCGCCGUCAGGAAGUACAGUGACAAAUGGUGAAGUGGCUGUAACAUCUGGCCAGACAACUAGGGUGACUGUCACAUCUACCCAGUCACCUGAAGUGAGGGUGACAUCCACAAAGUCAGCAGAGAGCACACUGGCUUCUACUGAAUCUGUAGACCAAACUGUAGUGUCUUCUGGCCCUACUACAACAACUGGACCUUCACCAUCUCAAGGAGUACAAACAAGUAGAGAAACUGUCACAGGAACAGGAACAACUCCUGUGUCGACUGGAAUUACAGAGAGAACUGCAUCAUCCCUUGGACAACAUACAACUACUAGACCAUCAUCUGAAGUACCAGAAACAACUAAAGUAUCCUUAACUAGCCCACAGUCAACUGGCACAUCAACGGAAGGAACCGUGACAAAUCCAAUAUCAGUUGUAGAAACAACAAUAAAUACAGUAAAGCCUAGAGAUGCACUGAAAUCUGUACCCACACACAGGAGCACAACAGCAACUAGUCCCUCAGUCUCAGUGUCAGGAAGUACAGUGUCAAAUAGUGAAGUGCCUGUGACAUCAGGCAAGACAACUAGGGUGACUGUAACAUCUGUCCAAUCACCUGAAGUGAGGGAGACAUCCACAAAGUCAGCAGAGAGCACACUGGCAUCUACUGUAGCUGUAGAUCAAACUAUAAUAUCCUCUGGCCCUACAACAACAACUGGACCUUCAUCAUCUCAAGGACUACAAACAAGUAGAGAAACUGUCACAGGAACAGGAACAACUGGUAUGUCCACUCGCAUUACAGACAAUACCGCACAAGCCAUUGAAUCCUCACCAACUACUGGACCAUCAUCUAAAGCACCAGAAACAACUAAAGUAUCCUACACUGACACACUGUCCACUGGCCCAUCAACUGAAGGAUUAGUGACUAAAGCAACAUCGAUUGGAGAAACAACCAUAACUACAGCAAGACAUGGAGAGGCUGUGACAUCUGGACAAACACCUGGUACCACAUCAGCAAAUAGUCCAUCAGUUUCGCCGUCAGGAAGGACAGUAACAAAUGGUGAAGUGGCUGUAACAUCUGGCCAGACAACUAGGGUGACUGUCACAUCUACCCAGUCACCUGAAGUGAAGGUGACAUCCACAAAGUCAGCAGAGAGCACACUGGCUUCUACUGUAUCUGUAGACCAAACUGUAGUGUCUUCUGGCCCUACUACAACAACUGGGCCUUCAUCCUCUCAAGGAGUACAAACAAGUAGGGAAACUGUCACAGGAACAACUCUUUGGUCAACUGGCAUUACAGACAAAACUGCACAAGCCAUUGAAUCCUCACCAACUACUGGAGCAGCAUCCAGAGCACCAGAAACAACUAAAGUAUCCAUAACAGGCACACAGUCCACUGGUCCAUCAACUGAAGGAUUAGUGACUAAAGCAACAUCGGUCGGAGAAACAACCAUAACUACAGCGAGACUUGGAGAUGCUGGGACAUCUGGACAAACACCUGGUACCACAUCAGCAACUAGUCCAUCAGUUUCAGUGUCAGGAAGUACAGUGACAAAUGGUGAAGUGACUGUUACAUCUGGCCAGACAACUAGGGUGACAUCUACCCAAUCACCUGAAGUGAGGAAGACAUCCACAAAGUCAGCAGAGAAAACACUGGGAUCUACUGUAGCUGUAGACCAAACUGUAGUGUCUUCUGGACCUUCUGCAACAACUGGGCCUUCAUCAUCUCAAGGACUACAAACACAUACAGAAACUGUCACAGGAACAGAUACGACUGGUUUGUCAACUAGCAUUACAGACAAAACUGCUCAAUCCAUUAAAUCCUCACCAACUACUGGACCAUCGUCUAGAGCACCAGAAACAACUAAAGUAUCCAUAACAGGCACACAGUCAACUGGCACACUAACUGUAAAAACUGUAACAAAUCUAACAUCAGUUGGAGAAGCAACAAUAACUACUGCAAAACCUCACGUAGCAGUAACGUCUGGGAAAACACCUGUUACCACAUCAGCAAAUAGCCCAUCAGUUUCAGUGUCAGGACGUACAAUGUCAAAUAGUGAAGUGUCUGUGACAUCAGGCAAGACAACUAGGGUGACUGUAACAUCUGUCCAAUCACCUGAAGUGAGGGAGACAUCCACAAAAUCAGCAGAGAGCACACUGGUUUCUGCUGUAGCUUUAGAUCAAACUGUAAUAUCCUCCGGCCCUACAACAACAACUGGACCUUCAUCAUCUCAGGGGCUCCAAACAAGUAGAGAAACUGUCACAGGAACAGGAACAACUGGUAUGUCCACUCGCAUUACAGAGCAAACUGCACAAGCCAUUGAAUCCUCACCAACUACUGGACCAUCAUCUAAAGCACCAGAAACAACUAAAGUAUCCUACACUGACACACUGUCCACUGGCCCAUCAACUGAAGGAUUAGUGACUAAAGCAACAUCGAUUGGAGAAACAACCAUAACUACAGCAAGACAUGGAGAGGCUGUGACAUCUGGACAAACACCUGGUACCACAUCAGCAAAUAGUCCAUCAGUUUCGCCGUCAGGAAGGACAGUAACAAAUGGUGAAGUGGCUGUAACAUCUGGCCAGACAACUAGGGUGACUGUCACAUCUACCCAGUCACCUGAAGUGAAGGUGACAUCCACAAAGUCAGCAGAGAGCACACUGGCUUCUACUGUAUCUGUAGACCAAACUGUAGAGUCUUCUGGCCCUACUACAACAACUGGGCCUUCAUCCUCUCAAGGACUACAAACAAGUAGAGAAACUGUCACAGGAACAGGAGCAACUCUUUGGUCAACUGGCAUUACAGACAAAACUGCACAAGCCAUUGAAUCCUCACCAACUACUGGAGCAGCAUCCAGAGCACCAGAAACAACUAAAGUAUCCAUAACAGGCACACAGUCAACUGUCACACUAACUGUAAAAACCACAAGAAAUCCAACAUCAGUUGGAGAAGCAACAAUAACUACAGCAAAAACGCAUGUAGCAGUAACGUCUGGGAAAACACCUGUGACCACUGGGUCCAUCCCUGCCACAACUGUUGCCCCAGGCAGUUCCAACACAGAGAGCUCUGUUACAGUCUCUGGGAAAGCUCAAGAACCAGUGAGAUCUAAUAUACCUCAGAUAUGGACGUAA